CGCUAGUUUAUUGGCCAGCGCCACAAGACUGAGGUCCGGCCGGGUCUGAGGACUGUGUCAGACAGCCCGGCUGCCAUGGCGUCCUAUUUCGAUGAACACGACUGUGAGCCGUUGGAUCGCGAACGGGAUCCCCGAACAAACAUGCUGCUGGAGCUUGCAAGGUCCCUUUUCAAUAGGAUGGACUUUGAAGACUUGGGGUUGGUAGUAGAUUGGGACCACCACCUGCCUCCACCCGCUGCCAAGACUGCAGUUGAGAACCUUCCCAGGACAGUCAUCAGGGGCUCUCAGGCUGAGCUCAAGUGCCCCGUGUGUCUUUUGGAAUUUGAGGAGGAGGAGACCGCCAUUGAGAUGCCUUGCCAUCAUCUCUUCCAUUCCAACUGCAUUCUGCCCUGGCUGAGCAAGACCAAUUCCUGCCCUCUGUGCCGCCAUGAGCUGCCCACUGAUGAUGACACUUAUGAGGAGCACAAGCGAGAUAAGGCCUUUGGGGAUGGCCCCCGACCAGUGUGCACUCUUUGCUUCAGGCUCGCAAGCAGCAGCAGAAGCACCGCCUCGAGAACCUCCACGGAGCCAUGUAUACAUGAGGUGGCUAGGGCUGGACACUGGUCCUCUGCAACAUGUUCCUCUUGCAUCUUGAAUUCUCAUUAAAGGUUUCUUCACUCAU